UUUUUAAAUCACAUCCCAGCCACUGAUCACAGAGAUACGAGUUCAGUCUAUUCACACACAUUUUCUAUUCCACAGGUUGGGGCUGAAAUACUUUGAGGCGUUUGCUUUGACGUGACACUCCCCCACACCCACCCACCUCCCCCUGGUCGAUGGGAGUCCGACGUCAGCCCCGGAGGAGUGGAUGGCCAGUGUAAUAAAAACACACGAAGAGAAUUGAGGAAAAGCAGAAGAUUGUCCGGAGAGAGAGAGAAAGCAGCAGCAACACGGGGUCUGGAUCUCUUUCCUCCUCCUGAGCCACGGACGUCAACGCCUCUCGUUGUUUGUUCAACAUUUGGGGCGAUGUGGGAUAUUUUCCGCCGCCGUGUCGACAGCGGGCUCCGGCUGGAAGGCUGAGUGUUACGCGUGGCUUUCUUCUGGAGCAGAGAUAACAGUAUAACAGCCUAUAGCGGAUUGGAGUGAAAGUCCGCCAUAUUCUGCCUCACCACGCCCGGGAGUCGAGCCGCUGGGAAUAUGAGCGGACUGCUUUCUUCACGCGUCCCCGCUCAUCCGCGACGCUAACUCGGACACAACGCGGGGGAUUUUCGCCCCUUGAAGAGACAUUGAACAACAUCGAGGGACUUUGUUUUUAAAGAGCAGGGCUGGUGGUGGUGGUGCUCGGCUGAUCGGAUGGCAGUGCCCCUAACGAGAUCACACGGAGGAUGCGUCUUUAGAGGAUCUGUUGAUCAUAUUGAGAGGUUAAAGCAGAUUAUCACCAAUUAAGAUCCGACAGAUAUUUGGCUCACACCGACCCGGACUGCGCCGCUUGUCGGGAAGAGGAGGCCCCGGAAAGCGAAGCGAAACUGGUGGAGGGAGCUUCGAUCAUAAUAAUUGAUAAAACAGCUUUACAUUUUAUUUUUUAGCCCACAAUCUGUGCUGCGUCCAGGCUCCUUUACGAGGGGCGUCCACGCGUUGUUCCACCAGACGCAGGCCUGUAUAUGUGGACGUUAUCCGGCAUCCACAGGCCUCCUGGAUGUGUGUUUAGAAAACCAGAGUGGGCUGAGAUCUGGAUGAAUCAGUGAUCAAACAAGCGAAAAGUGCGUGUUUUUAAAAAGCAGAAAGAAGGAGAAGAUGACCCUGGAGUCCAUAAUGGCGUGUUGCCUCAGCGAGGAGGCGAAGGAAGCCCGUCGGAUCAACGACGAGAUCGAGAGGCAGCUCCGCCGGGACAAGAGGGACGCGCGCCGGGAACUGAAACUGUUGCUCCUCGGCACUGGGGAGAGUGGAAAGAGCACAUUCAUCAAACAGAUGAGGAUUAUCCACGGCACAGGUUACUCCGAUGAGGACAAAAGGGGUUUUACCAAACUUGUGUAUCAGAACAUCUUCACAUCCAUGCAGGCCAUGAUUCGAGCCAUGGAGACGCUCAAGAUCCCCUACAAAUAUGAGCACAACAAGGGUAACGCCAACAUCGUGAGGGAGGUGGACGUAGAAAAGGUCAACAGGUUAGAGAAUCCUUACGUAGAUGCAAUCAAGAGCUUGUGGAAUGACCCGGGCAUCCAGGAGUGUUAUGAUCGUAGGAGGGAAUACCAACUCUCAGACUCCACUAAGUAUUACCUAAACGCGUUGGACAGAAUCUCCCAGUCAUCCUAUCUUCCCACCCAGCAGGACGUGCUGAGGGUUCGAGUCCCGACCACGGGCAUCAUCGAAUACCCGUUUGACCUGCAGAGCGUCAUAUUCAGGAUGGUGGAUGUGGGAGGUCAGAGGUCGGAAAGAAGGAAGUGGAUCCACUGCUUUGAGAACGUCACAUCCAUCAUGUUUCUUGUGGCACUCAGCGAGUAUGACCAAGUUUUGGUGGAAUCAGACAACGAGAACCGGAUGGAGGAGAGUAAAGCUCUGUUUAGGACAAUAAUCACGUACCCCUGGUUCCAGAACUCCUCCGUCAUCCUGUUCCUCAACAAGAAGGACCUGCUGGAGGAGAAGAUCAUGUACUCUCAUCUGGUCGACUACUUCCCAGAAUACGAUGGUCCGCAGAGGGAUGCCCAAGCAGGCCGAGAGUUCAUCCUCAAGAUGUUUGUGGACCUGAAUCCAGACAGUGAUAAGAUCAUCUACUCUCACUUCACCUGUGCCACUGACACGGAGAACAUCCGCUUUGUCUUUGCCGCCGUCAAAGACACCAUCCUGCAGCUCAACCUAAAGGAGUACAACCUGGUGUAGAGCAGAGGCCCCCAACACACACUGACUGAUGCAAUCUGUGAAAAGAGAGAUCACACACAGAAAAAAGAAAUUCUGAGAAAAAAAAAUCUGAUGCAUAAUAUUAAUUUAUUUGCCAUUUUGGAUCUCUUGGUCACCAAGGGGUGAGCAGAGUAAAUGUUCUUUUGCUUUUUAAGGAGUUGAUAAAAUCUAGGGAGGGAGGGGGCAGGACGUGGAAGAGUUGGGAGGUAUUUGCUGUUGAACAUGUGCAACAAUGAUCCUCAUUUUUUAGGCUUUUGCGCAUUUGCCCUUGUUUGUUUUUUGACAGAGAAAGGGACCACUGUGUGUCCUGGGGGUGUGGGAGGGGGGUGUUUGUUUUGCCCGUAAGUCUGAGACAUCAGAGCCGGAAUGAUUGUGCCCCCUCCCUCCUUCCUUUUUAUAAACAAGAAUUUAAAAAAAGGUUUUCAUUCUUUUGCGUUUUUUUUACCUGUUUGCCCAACAGGAAGUGAUGUAACACAUCUCCAAUCAACAGCUUGCAAAGGAUCCAUAGGCAAGUCUGUUGAUGAGUUUGGCAUAAACUGUGAUUUUUAAAUUAUUUCAUUUUGAUUUGAUAUUGAUUGACUUCAAUAAUCAUUAUUAAUAUUAUUAUCAUUAUCACAUUGACUUUGGUACCAUGCGAUGAGUAAGGGCAGGUGUUGCGACCUCGGAAGCACACAGCCACAGUUGAGUAAUGAUCACGUGACCGCGACUUUCAAGAGAGAGAAAUUGGCUUUAAAGAUGCUUUCGAAGCUUUGGGCGAUGAGGUGGUGGAGGAGGAGGAGGAGGUGAUAAUUUAUAAGACAAUGUUGUCAAAUGAUUAUGUUCAGCUGUGCCACAUUAGUGCUUUUAAUAUGCUAGUAUGUAUAUUUAUUUGCCAAUACCAAAACAACUCACGGCUCCACAUUGCGCUGAUUAUUACUUUUGAUGGAACAAAAAGUGUUGAGAACAGGAGAGAGCAGGGGGGACCGACGUAUUGAUCAACUGACUCCUGCAGUUUUUUAAGUGUUCAAUAAAUAACGGUAUUACACACAAACACACGCACAGACGAGGAACCACAGCUUGGACCAACCGAGGCUACACUGCUUGGUUAAAGAGGAGGCAGCCUCCCUCCUGACCUGCAGACUGUCCGGUCACAUUUUAGCCAUGUCCUUAUAUUUGUCUAAUCAAAGCCUGCCUGCUGUCUGGACUGUCUUCGUCCAACAGCAGUGGACAACACAUUUGGCUCUUUCCCAUGUCAAAAGGCAGAGUGUUGAUAAUCAGUUGGUACCAAAGUAAGCCCUUCUCGUCUCUGGCACCUGUGAUUUGCGAUUUCCUCAUUCCGAGUUACUUUGGAGUAUUUUUUUUGUAAGAAUUCUAUAGAACAUAAGCCUGUAAUUUACAUUUAUUGAGGCAUAGUGCAAUUAUGAAUGCUAUAAUCAUUGUACAUACAUCUCUCUCUAUAUAUAUGGCAGCAUCUUUGUUGGCUUUGUAAUCAUUACAUUUUUUGGGCAGAUUGAAUGUGUGGUAUUGAAAAUAUGUAUCUAUGUAAUUGUAUUGUAUGUCUAAUGGAAAAUUCAUUUUUUGGAAGAAAAAAAAGAUGUUAUUUACA